GAGAGAGAGAGAGAGAGAGAGAGAGGUUUCUGUUCCAAAAGGGGAGAGAAUGGAUUCUGUUAUAGUGGAGGAGAAGAAGUUUCAUGCGGUUUGCAUACCCGCCCCAGCCCAGGGCCACAUAAACCCCAUGCUUAAGGUAGCAAAGCUUCUCCACCACAGAGGCUUCCACAUCACCUUCGUCAACACUGAAUUCAUCUACAAACGCAUACUCAAGUCAAGAGGCCCUGAUUCUGUCAAGGGCUUACCUGACUUCCAAUUUGAGACUAUCCCGGACGGUCUCCCACCUUCUGAUAUAGAUGCCAACCAAGAUGUCCCAGCCCUCUUUCAGUCUACAAGCACCACUUGCUUAGUUCCCUUCCGCAAGCUUCUCUCCAAACUCAACACCACUGCCGACAUCCCUCCAGUGAGUUGCAUAGUCUCUGAUGGUAUCAUGAGCUUCACCCUCGAAGCUGCUGAGGUAAUUGGAGUCCCUGAAGUAUUGUUCUGGCCGACCAGCGCCUGUAGCUUCUUAGGCUGCAUGCACUAUCCCCAUCUCAUGGAAAGAGGCCUUACUCCGCUCAAAGAUUCAAGCUACUUGAUAAAUGGGUAUUUAGACACCCCCAUUGAUUGGAUCCCAGGAAUGAAAGAUAUCCGUUUGAGAGAUAUUACUAGUUUCGUUCGAACCACGGAUCCAAACGAUAUCAUGCUCAACUUCAUCAAAGAUGAAGCGGUCAGAGCUAAAAAAGCUGCGGCGGUCAUAUUAAAUACCUUCGAUGCCCUAGAGCAUAACGCCUUGAAAGCACUCUCUGUAAUGUUGCCGCGCGUUUACAGCAUUGGUCCUCUUCAAUUGCUGCUGAACCAGAUUCAAGACGACGGUUCAAAGUCAAUCGGGUUCAUGAAUUUGUGGAGAGAAGAACCGGAGUGUCUUAAUUGGCUCAAUUUAAAAGAACCCGGUUCGGUGCUUUAUGUGAACUUCGGGAGCGUCACGGUUAUAACACCUCAGCAACUGGUAGAGUUCGCAUGGGGGCUCGCUAAUAGCGAGCAGAACUUUUUGUGGAUCAUAAGACCUGGCCUAGUGGAGGGAGACUCGGCGGUGUUGCCGUCCGAGUUUGUGACUCGAACCAAAGAGAGAGGCAUUCUGGCGAGUUGGUGUCCACAGGAGGAAGUGCUCAACCACCCAGCCGUGGGUUGUUUCUUGACGCACAGUGGUUGGAACUCCACACUUGAGAGCAUAUGCGGUGGGGUGCCCGUGUUGUGUUGGCCGUUCUUCGCCGAUCAACUGACGAUCUGCCGGUAUUCGUGCGUUCAUUGGGGGAUCGGCGACGAGAUCAACAAUGACGUGAAGCGGGAAGACGUUGAGGUGAAUGUGAGGGAAAUGAUGGUGGGAGAAAGGGGAAAGGUGAUGAAGAUGAAAGCCAUGGAAUGGAAGAAGAGAGCAGAGGAGGCCAUUGCCCCUGGUGGGUCAUCCAACGUCCAUUUUGAUGAGGUGGUAAAUCAAGUGCUUCUGGCCACUCGCAACUAAACAGGAAUUCGGAUCAAGUUCACAUAUGAGAACAAUCCAUUACUGUUCUGAAAGAACUUUGAACAUAUCAAAAUGGCACACGCUUCUCAAUUCCCCUGAGUCCACCGCCUAUGGUAGUCUUUUUCAUACACCACACGCAAUUCUUGGAAUUCCACAGAUCCAUUCUCCUAAUCAAAUGAGACGGCUAAGCUUUGGUUGUUUUCAACUCUUUGUUGAUUAGUUUUCAGUUGAAACUUUAGGUGUUGAUUACAUAUUGCCUUUUACCAAAAAGAAGAUUACGUAUAGUUUUAGAAUCUUGUUCAAAUGAUAAUGGCGUCUCAUCGUUUACAAG